AGCCAGGAAGUGGCCUAUGCGCGCACUCAUUUCAGGUUUGGCCGGGCAGCAGUGUAUUUUGUUCCAAACAAAGUAGGAUUCACGCCGCAGAGGCCGGAUGACACCGAACUGACACCAGACGGAGCCCCUUUUCAGAUGCUGUUUUUGUUGUUUAAUUCUUUUAAAUAAGUACUUUCAAGUUACCAAAAAUGGGUCCCGGAUAAAUGAAAGAACAUUCCAGAAACACCGUGGACUACGGGGUUUCGAGUGCGGGCAGGAGCGCAGCGGCCCGCGGCUGUGAAGGAGCUUAGCAGCUCGUGUGUGUGGAAGGAACAACAUUCGGUUCUCGCCAAAUUGAAGCCCCGUCCCCACCCCCCCCCACAGCCUUCCUGAUUCUGUUCUGGGAGAGUUCAGACCAGUAUCAUCGCCAAGAUAGCCGGGCCAGGCAGAAAGAGGCACACCUCAGAUCCAGACCCCAGCAGCGGUAGUGAUUCUGGCGACGGGCGGCCUGUCAGCGCCAAGUGCCUGAAGAUGGCCAGCAGCGGUGGUAACGAGACAGUGGGCCGUCGUGGUGGGGCUCAGCAGAGAGGAGGCAGUGGUAGGGACAACAGCUCUGACCUGUCCUCCAGUACCAGUAAGAAGAAGCAGAAGGACAGGGCCAACCAGGAGAGCAGAGAAGCCAAGAGGGCAGCAGCAGCUGCAGAUGGAGUGAUUGCUGAGGUCAAGAAAGAUGUGUUUGUGGACUGGAAGCAGAAUGUCAAUGAAGUUACUGUGAGACUGCGCUGUGGGGAGGGUGUGCAGAGGAUAGAGGAUAUCAACACUACCUUCACUGAUACACACUGCCAUGUGUGCUUCCCGGAUGGACGGGAGUGGCGCUGCCAGUUGCAGGAGGAAAUUGAGGCCUCGUGUAGCAGAGUCCAGUACAAAGAGAAGGGAGGUAUGCUGCACGUCAUCAUGCAGAAGAAGAUUCCCUUUCACAUCUGGCCUUCACUUAAGUCAAACAAGAAGGAGAAGGAGGCAGUUCCCACAGAGACCAAAAAUGACAAGGAGCUGGAGAUGAAGCCUGUUGCCUUGGAUUCAUCAGACAAACCCAAACCGUCCCCCUUGCAGCCGAAACUCCAGCCCCAGCCGCCCUCCUCACCUGCACACAGCGAGUUUCGGCGCAGCGGUAGCAAAGCUGAGCGGUCUGUCAAGCGCUGCCUGAAAAACAAAACGGUGUCCGACAAGGCCACCACAGACUCUGUAGGGGUGAAAGGUGGAGCUGGAGAUGGCUCAGCCACCAUUAGCAAACCAGUUACGGUCACAAAAGGUGAGCAGCAGCCUCAGGAACCCAGUGCCAAGCGCACCAUUGUACGGCCGCCCAAGACCACCAAGGAGGCCGCAUCCCUGGUCGACAGGGACACACAUGCUGUGAAGUCUACAGUAGCCAAUGGCAAAGCUCCUCACUCACAUCUGCCCGCUGGUCGGAGCCCACAAACACAACGCAGAGAUGGAGACAACAAAGCAGAGAGACUUGGCAGUGGACAGGAACAGAAAGCAGACGCUACCAGCCAUACCAACAAAACUCAGGUGGCAGAGAAGCGAAGCCAGUCAUCAGACAGGUCUGGAGCAACAGCACAUGGCAGUGAUAGCCAACCAGCAGCUCACAUCAGCACCAGUGACCGUCUAAAACCUGUCUCCUUGAACAACGACUCGGCUUCUCCAGAAACAUCUGGAGAUAGAACUGACUCGGAGCCAGAGAAAAAGCCUGUUGAGCAGGAAUCAGAGCAGGAUACUCUGAUUGGCCAGCAGCUUGGGUCUAAAGAAGCAGGUUCAGCACCAGCUGUUGGAGCGGCUGCCAAACGUGGCCAGUCACCAAGUCUAGUCCCGAGGCAGGGCAGCUGUGACGGAGAGGAGAAGAGGGACCAGUCGAAGGAGGAGCCUGCUCUGGAAUUAAAGCAACAAGAAGCCCCGGAGCCAAUGAUUAACCUGCAAUUUGUGAAGAAUGAUUCAUACGAAAAGGGCACAGACCUGAUGGUGGUUAAUGUUUACAUGAAGGGGAUCUGCAGGGACACAGCCAGGGUCCUGUUCAGGGAACAGGACUUCACCCUCAUCUUCCAGACGAGCGAUACUAACUUUCUGCGGCUUCAUUCAGACUGUGGGCCGAACACAGUCUUCAAGUGGCAAGUCAAACUCAGGAACCUGAUUCAGCCUGAGCAGUGCAGCUACUCCUUCACCCCCUCCAGACUGGACAUCACGCUGAAGAAGAGGCACAGCCAGCGCUGGGGGGGUCUGGAAGCUCCUGCAACACAAGGUGCAGUGGGGGGCGCCAAAGUGGCUGUGCCCUCCAGCCCUGCAUGCAUGGAGAAGAGCCAGCCGGGCAGCAGCCAGCACAGCCUGCCAGCCAAGGAAGAGCCUCCGAGGGUUGGGGAGGAGAAACCCAAGGCCCCGAAGGCCUCAUCCAGAGUUGAGGAUGGCGGUCUGGAAACUGUGGCUCCUCGUACUGUCUCUGAGCAUGUUCCCAUCACCAAGACAGAGCCCACUGUUACCACGCCUAAACCUACCUGCAUGGUGCAGCCUAUGACCCAUGCAACUCCUGCCAGCAACGAGCGCCAUGAAGAAGAGGAGGAGAAAAAGGUGUGCCUGCCUGGUUUUACAGGAUUGGUCAACCUGGGCAACACCUGUUUCAUGAACAGUGUCAUCCAAUCCCUGUCCAACACCAGAGAACUCAGGGAUUACUUCCAUGAUCGAGCAUUUGAAGCAGAAAUUAACUGUAAUAAUCCACUUGGAACAGGAGGCAGACUGGCCAUUGGUUUUGCUGUGCUGCUCAGGGCCCUUUGGAAGGGAACACAUCAUGCCUUCCAACCCUCUAAACUCAAGGCGAUCGUGGCCAGUAAAGCCAGUCAGUUUACAGGUUACGCCCAGCAUGAUGCCCAGGAGUUCAUGGCUUUCUUACUGGACGGGCUUCACGAGGACUUGAAUCGCAUCCAGAAUAAACCGUACACAGAGACGGUUGACUCUGACGGACGGCUGGAUGAGGUGGUAGCGGAGGAGGCGUGGCAGAGACACAAGAUGAGAAAUGACUCCUUUAUAGUGGACCUCUUCCAAGGCCAGUUUAAAUCGAAGCUUGUGUGCCCUACAUGCUCCAAGGUGUCUAUCACCUUUGACCCCUUCCUCUACCUGCCCGUGCCCUUGCCCCAGAAACAAAAGGUGCUCUCAGUUUUCUACUAUGCUAAGGAACCUCAUAAAAAACCCAUUAAGUUUCUGGUGAGUGUGAGCAAGGAGAACUCCAGCACUGCUGAAGUCCUUGAGUCCAUCUCCAGGAAUGUCAGGGUCAAACCAGAGAACCUCAGACUGGCAGAGGUGGCAAAAAACCGCUUUCAGCGCAUGUUCCUGUCGUCCCAUUCCCUGGACACAGUGUCCUCCUCUGACAUGUUGUUUUGCUUUGAGGUGCUUUCCAAAGACAUUGCCAAAGAGAGAGUGGUGUUGCUCAGAGUGCAGCAGAGACUGCAGGUCCCCAAUAUCCCAAUCUCCAAGUGUGCUGCCUGCCUGAAGCCUCCAGUGUCUGAAGAAGACAAGCUAAAGCGGUGCACUCGCUGCUAUCGCGUCGGCUACUGCAAUCAAGUGUGUCAGAGGACUCACUGGCCCAAUCACAAGGGUCUGUGUCGACCCAACACAGAAAACGUGGGCCUGCCCUUCCUGGUCAGCGUGCCCGAGUCUCGGCUCUCCUAUGCCCGCCUCACCCAGCUGUUGGAGGGUUACUCCAGGUUCUCUGUCAAUGUGUUCCAGCCUCCUUUCCAGUCAGGCAGGACAUCCCCUGAAACACCCCAGUGUCGGGGGGACCUCCCCACAAUGCCAGCAGGAUCUCCUGACAGUCUUGGGCCCAGCGAUGAAGCUAUGGGUGGUAGCAGUGCUGAAGGAGCAGGCAAUCUGGAGCUAGAGAGCCCCUCUCAGCUGCCUGAGUCCCAGGCAGAGUGUGCUCAGGCCUCAGCCCUCCCAUCCGGGGAAUCAGACUCCCACUCCUCCUCCCAGACCUCCCUCCCCACAACACGAACUACAGACUCUGGAUUCUCUGAGCCUGUCUCCUCUGCGUCCUGUUGCUCUCUGGACCCUCAUGCUGAAAAAGAGACAUCCUGUGAGAAGGUGGUGCGACCAGAAGCUGCAGUAACAGGCUAUCAGCAUCCAAGUGAGUCGGCAUCAGGUCACGCCAGUCAGUUCUACAUCGCUGUGCUGGACUCUAACAACAAGGAACAGAGGCUGGAUGAGAGAGAGGAUGCACUGGGUGACCUCCCAGAGGAUGCAACCCUGGAGCUGGUGUGGAAAAACAAUGAGCGUCUGAAGGAGUACGUCCUGGUGAGCUCCAAGGAGCUAGAGUAUGAAGAGGAUCCCGGCUCCCUGAGCGAAACAGCCAGAGCAGGACACUUCACCCUGGAGCAGUGCCUCAACCUCUUCACAAAGCCAGAGGUGCUGGCACCAGAGGAGGCAUGGUACUGUCCAAAGUGCCAGCAGCACCGAGAGGCCUCUAAACAACUGCUGCUGUGGCGUCUGCCCAACGUUUUGAUCAUCCAGCUGAAACGCUUCUCCUUCAGGAGUUUCAUCUGGAGGGAUAAAAUCAACGACAUGGUGGACUUUCCAGUCAAGAAUCUGGAUCUGAGUAAGUUCUGUAUCGGGCAGAAGGAUGAGAUGCAACAACCGCCCAUCUACGACCUGUAUGCAGUCAUCAAUCACUACGGAGGAAUGAUUGGAGGCCACUACACGGCCUAUGCUCGCCUGCCAAGUGACAAGAACAGCCAGCGCAGUGACGUUGGCUGGCGUCUCUUUGAUGACAGCACCGUGACAAUGGUGGAUGAGAGUCAAGUGGUGACGCGCUACGCCUACGUCUUGUUCUACAGACGACGAAACUCCCCUGUGGAGAGGCCGCCACGCUUCCUCAGGCCUGUAGGAGCAGAGUCGCCCACUUCUGCAGGAGCUACUGCCAGCCAGGCCUCUCUAAUAUGGCGGGAACUGGAGGAAGAAGAAGAGGGGCUCGAUGAAGGUGAACUGUUCCGAUCAUCACUGUGGAGGGGACAAACGUCGAGGAACAGAAGUGAGGAAGAUGAAGACAGAAGUGAAGGGUCGGUGCGACGGCGUCGCAGGCGGAGGAUGUCGGACUAUCCGGACGAUGACUGUGUGCGAUAUUUUGUUCUGGGCACGCUGGCAGCCCUGUUCGCUCUGUUUAUCAACUUGAUCUACCCUCUCCUGUACAAAGUGGACUUUAGAGGUGGCUAGAGGGGAACGUACUUUGGCCGCAGCCUUCAGAAAUAAGAAAAUAUGUCGGUCAAACAAGGGGAGGUUAGAUGGGAAAGAUUAAAUCACUACUCUUGAGAGAGAACCAUCACCCACAGGUCCUCGGCUGGUAAAAUGGUUCACCAUCCUACCCAGCACUUGAAGGGUACAACUUUACAUGGCUCAGCCCUUUAAAACCAUUUUGGCACUAUAUCAGAAGUUAUAUGACACUGAGGUAAAAUAAUUAGAAAACUGUAUUUAAAGCUUCAGUACAGUGAUACUAUCAGCAUACAGCUCAAGUAUAUUGAGUGUAAACUAUUCACUACAUUGCCUCUAUGCAUUUUAUGGACUCUUGCUUCCAAUGAAUGAAAAAACAUUUGCAGUUUUUAGUGUUGCAUUUGUUCUCAGCUCAUGGGCUCAAUGAGCUUCUGAAGGCCAUAGUCGAGCGUGGGCGUUCAUUCUUGAUCUUUAUAGAGAAAAAAUAAUAACCAUGAGAUUUAUUUUGUGGCAUAGUUGUACAAUAAUGCAUCUAAUGCUUUAAAGAUGACAAUUAUGAUAUAAUCAUUCAAGUACAAAGAGAAAACUGCAGAUGAAACCAUGUCGAAGGCCUUUUGUUUUUAUUGCACUACACUCUUAAGAGUAUACGAUUGCAAAUUCCAGCAGUGAAAAUGCAAAUGGAUGAAUGGAGCUUGUGUGAGAGGAGGCACUUCAGCAGUGACUCAUUUUAAAUGCUACAUCAUGAUGCAAAGAGUAGCAUCUGUUUUGUGUGACCAAUUGCUUAUGACGUUUUAAUGUAAAAUUGAUUGAUGGGCCUUACAAUUGCUGUUUGUGUCAAAAUGUACAGUAGUUCCAUAAUUUCCAUAAUUUUUGUAUGUUUGGUUUCUGUUGAAAUGUUUGUUUCUUUUUAAGCCAUAGCCAGAUGAGGGUUUUAAAUUCUCAGGAUUAAAUGUAGUGAACAAUGGUCCAGUGGUAAAAUAGUACAAAAUCAGAUAACAGCUGCAUUGAGACAAGACUGCAUUUAUUGACCAUGCAGUCUUGUUACAGCCAGGUUAAACUACAAAUUUGCAGUCAGUGAGGAAGUACCGUCCACUUCUGAAUGUAAUGUUUUUCAAUGUGUUGAACUCUUUUGAGUGGAGUUAUGGAUUAUAUACAGUUUUAGACUUCUAAAACAUCUGAGAUGAACAUUUAACUGAUGAAGAAUGUAAUCAGUUUCCUAAUUUGUCUUUAAUUUAAAAAUCGAAACAUUUUUCUCUUUUAAUCACACAUACGACCUCUUAUUUUAAAUCCUUGAAAAAAAUGACAUCAGAUUAGCAUCAGUUAAAAUAUUUGAAUACGCAGAGCAUGUGUUUCCUCUGCUGCUGCAGUGAUUGAGUGUGUAGGUGGGACUCAGGGAAAUUUCAGAGCGGUUCUGGUAUCAAGGCGGUGUACAGUGAUCUGCGUUUGCCUUAAAUGCUCACCAUAGCUCAGAGCAGACUGUGUAUACUUGACUUAGACAUAUGCAAGACUGAAGUCUGACAAGUUUUUAUAGCUUAUCAGUCACUACUAUGUUGUACCCAUCAUAAAAGGCAGUACUGGGAUCAGUGGAUGUUAAAAUUGUCCUGACGGCUGAAGUUGAACUCCGGUGUUUUCUGCACAAGCUGAGCUCUUUUUAAACUACAAAUGCUAAUGUGCUGUUAAAGGGUAACUCCAGCAAUUUUACACAUGUGAGUGCAUUUACAGGUAUUAGGGAGUGGACUUUGUUGGAUUACUGUAUAUGUAAAAGAAGUAGCUUAAAGCCUUUUGAUGUCUUCUGAGGAAGCUGCUUGUGUUCGGAUAUUUUUUAUAAAGUGGCUUAGUUGCAUUGUGGGUAAUGCAGGUGCCUAGUUUUGGACACAAAAAUGGUUAUGUCUGGUUCUGCUGUAUCAGUUUGGAUCAUUUGCGUAUGCAAGGCCAAACCAGAGGACUGCUUUUCAGUAUCUGGCGCCUACUUAACCCACAAUGCUGCAGCCAUGGACAUUACUUACGGCAAUUUAUCAGAUUACAAACUUGGCUUUGUACUACUUUUUCUCCCAAAAACCUGUAAACACACUUUGGUGUGUACAGCUGGUGGAGUUCCCCCUCAAGUUGAUUUGAUGUAAAUUAAUCUGACUGAAAGAUAUAACUAUGUAUGUGUGUGUACUAUAAACUUAGAGAGAAUACUCUUGUAUUUUGUAAUUAACUGAUCUAAGGUCUCUGUACUAGUACUGUAUUUAAAAGAAAAAUCAUAACCUAUUUAAAUUUCUCUGCAAUAAUGUAUCUAGAUAUCUCAACCUCAAUGCUGCUCUCUGAUAUAUAUAAAACCUUGUACUCCUUUUGGAAAUAAAAUCUCCAUCUGUUUAUA